GGAACGAACUGACCAUCUCGAUGUCGGAUGAGUUACUUGUCCAGGGCACAGGUGCUCCCUUACUGCUGGAAGAGGAAUACGGAGAGAACUGUAAGUGAAUCUACCUCUGGACACCACACGGGUAAAUGCGUGUCCGAGCUGUCGCCGACAUCUCCCGACUAUAUCUCGACUGUUGUCGGGGUCCUCACAGAGAAUGAGGGAAGAAUCACCGGUGCGGGGAAGCCAUUCUGCAGGCCGUAUCAAGCGAAUUCCCAAGCAGCACACCAUCAUUGGUCCAAUAUCGGUCCAACGUUGCGCCAAUGAAACUGCAAAUAUGGGUUCAAUAUUGCAAGCCCGUGGGCCCAGGGCAGGGCAGCUCGACAACGAUAAGUCUUCCGGCAUUGAUUAUAGCUAUCGCCUUAAGCAUAGCCGUAGCAGUCACCAUCGGGGCUUUCCUCUACAGCAACAAGGGGCAUGAGACGCCCAAGGAGAAGGGCAACACAUCACCUCCUGGGCAUAUCUCCAUGCCUAAAUUCCCCAUGAAGCCUUAUGACGUCAGCGAAGAAGACUACACGGACAAUGACGUUGGCCCGGCAGAAAGCACAUCCCCGACGUACAAAAAAGUUUGUAACACCGAUGACUGUCAACAUGUCCGCAAGUUAAUUGAAGCAAUUGUAGACACGGACAGAGAUCCGUGUGACAACUUUUACGAGUUCGCCUGUGGAAGAAACCAACAGCUGUUUCCCGUUGUGUCCGAUGAACACACAAAUGAUUUGUUGAACUCUAUAAAGCAAAAUCUGGAGAGAGCACACAUUCCUCCAAGCGGAACAACAGCAUUUCAAAAGGCUGCUGCACUGUACAAACACUGCGGAGAAACAGACACUAAAAAGUUUGCGAAAGAUGCCAGAGAUUUCUUGGGGGAACACCAGAUGGAUUUAACGAAGAACAUGACAUUCAAGCCAUUGGACAUACUAGUCAAAUUUAUAUUUAAGAUCAAAAUUCCCAUGCUGUUUGUCUUGGAACCAGUCGAGGCCGGUGCUCAAACUUUCACGUUUCGGAAAGAAGUUAAAACACCCAGAAUACUACAACACGCGGAUGUUGCAUCAAUUUUGCCCGAAGUGUAUUCAACGCCCAUUGAUGACAAAGUGGUGAAGACUAUAAGGAGGUUAGAGAAAAUGUUUCAUGCAGCUGGCGAAACGUCCCAGACAAGUGUGAACCCAAUAUCAAACUCCAGCGUCAGGGUGAUGGAAUUACGGAAAGUAGCUCAAGAGGAGGGCGAGUUGUCUAAAGAUUGGUUGGAGGCACUUCGGCGCUACGCUCCACCGGCGCUGCGAACGAAACUCAUACACACCACAGAGGCUGACUUACACUUAUUCUACCGCCUUUUCGGGAAGCAAAGGGAAGUGUCGGAAAACGAAAUGAGAGUAUUCUUCGCCUGGAGGGCUGCCUUCUACUUUUAUGUAGUCCUUUACGGCGUCUUUGAUUGCCUGCAAUACACCGUACAGAAACUCCCAAACGCUGUGGCCCACGGCGCGUCAUUUAAAGCCGGUUACGAUGAGAGAAUUAGAGCCAUCGAAGAAAUGAACGAAGCAAUCCGUAGCGAAAUUGCGAAAACCUUCCGAACCUCAUCGUGGCUAGACGACGAAACACGGGAGGGAGCUGUGGAAAAGGUUUCCUCGAUGAGGUUCAGCCUCGGACUGGCGCCACGGUUGAACUCAUCGGAAAAAGCCGACGAGUUUUAUGAGGAACUCCCCGACUUAAGCGGCCCCUUUGUUCGGGAUGUUCUGAGCAUUGAAGAAUUUCUGACUGAGAGAUACUGGAAAGGUGUAGAGGACGAUUACAGGGAUUAUUUCUACCAAGUACAGUCUGCUGUGAAUACAUAUGACGCGAACGCUUUUUACAUCCCCGCAGCCAACUUUGCUCAAAUGAGUAUCCCGUUACUAUUGUCACCCAAUUUUAACUUGAGAGGUCCACCUGAAGUGAACUAUGGCUCACUAGGAUACGUCGUGGCGCACGAGAUGAUGCAUGGCUUCGAUGUAAAUGGCCGAAGGUACGACACCAAAGGGGACAUCACACCCUGGUUUACGAAAAAGAGCACGGAGGAGUUCAAGAUUCUAGAACGCUGUUAUCUGGAAUUCAUUAACGAAACUGGAGGAUACGGGAAUUAUACUGUGCAAAAGCUAGAGUACCAGGCAGACGUACUUUCUAAUGAAUCCCUCCUCAGGGCAUACCUGAAGGCUGCUAAAAAAUCCAAUGUCCAUCUCGGCAAUGUAAAAGGCCUGACCAGCGACCAGAUCUUCUACGUCGCUAGCUGUCUUCUCUGGUGCGCAGAUCUGAUUCCAGCGCAGCCUUUUGCAAGUCAUCCACCGAAAGAUCAAAGGUGCAAUCUUCGUCUCACGAACUCUGCGCAUUUCAGCAAAACAUUCUCUUGCCGUGACGGUUCGCCGAUGAAUCCGCCGCAAAAAUGUUCCUUUUGGUAGUUCCGGCACCUAAGAAUGAGCUGAUUGACGCAGAGGAAAUGCAGUAAACGAAAUCCGAACAAAUGUUU